AUGGCACCCUUUAAGCUUAAGUUCCGCAUGGGUAGUGGGUCGUCGCGUAGUACCUCUCAGGAGCAGGAUGUCGUAGUAGAUAGUCAAUCCAAUCCCGUCGGACCGCUUUUGAGCAGUGCGAGCGCAAAUGAUUUUGGUAGCAGCACCACCCUUGAUUCCGAGCAGAAUAACGAUAGCCUUGUGUCGAUGAGCAACGAUCGGCGCGCCUUAAUACUGACCAGUAACACUACCAACGAACCAAUACUAGGAUAUGACAAUCCUUCGCUCACCAACACUGAGCCGGCGAAUGUUAUACCACUAAGCCCACCGCCAUCGUACGAGCAUGUGUUAGAGGAGAAUCGACUCGCAGCUUUGGACAAAGAGAACAAUCGAACUUCACUACUGAACCUUUCACCCACUGCGCUCGGGUACGAGAUGAUGUCCAACAAUCAACCGGCCGGGACGGACCAUCAACUGCCUUGCACGGAGCAAGGUACGCCGGGCGAAGCGAAAAAGCAGGAAUCCAUCGAUUCCUCCCUGUACACCUGCAGCUCCACGACCACACCGUCGCAGGAGAAUCUACUCACCUGUACCGGAUCCUGCGACCCACUGUACCAGCUGAGCUGCAACGAAGGUUUACAGGAUUUGGCGGAAGAAAUGGAAACGAUGGCAAUCGAUGAGACAUGCCUGUCCAACGAAAACCAAGACACGCUCUCGUUGGACGAGGAGUGCAGUUCGUACAGCAACUCGCAACCGAUCUACGAUCCACACACUGCCCCGAAGACGGAAGUCAAGGGCCCGGAGAUACUGUACAAAUCGAGCAAACAGCUCUAUAAGGCGGUUGCCAAAGAGUGUGGCAUCACGUGUAAGAUGUCCGAUCAGUGCCGCUGCUUGGACUGUCAGAGCCGAUACUUUGACUGUGAAUACGAUCAGAACGAAAAUGAGAAAACUGAUGGAGGGUUAGGUGCUGGUACGCCUAUGUUCAUCAGUGAGGUCAUACACGGUACCGCCUGCACCAUACUCUAA